AUGGCAGAUGCUGACACAGCGCGGCUGUGUGAACUCAUCAUUCGAUCACACUUUGGUUCUCUCACGGCGAUUGUCGCUUCAGUUCUUUUAACUCGUGGACGGCUCCCCUUAUCACAUCUUAUUCGGUUUUCCGGUUUAAAACCGCGAACUGUGCGUGCGGCGAUCCUGGUGCUUGUUCAGCACAAUUUGCUAUGGCAUGCUCAGUCGGACGAUGAUGGGGAAGUUCUGGAAGUCAAUAUUACUGAAUGCUUGCUGAGGCUGCGUUUUGGGCGAUAUGUUCACCAAGCAGAACAGCUUUUUGGGAAGGCGGGUGCGGACAUUAUUCAACUCAUUUUGGAUCAUGGAAAAAUGCGUCCUCCAGACCUCAUCUCCCGUCUUUCAGUAUAUGAUCCCGUCGAAGCUCCUGCCAUGUAUUCGCAGAUGUUGCGCAAACUAAUUGGAAGCUCCUAUUUGAAGCCUUCAACCCUGCUAUCGCACUUUUCGCCAAGAGACAAGCGCAUCAAAUAUGAAGCUGAGGAGAAAGCUAAGAUCUCAGGUUUCCCUACGGCUAAAGAACUCCGACAAGCGAAAGAAACCGCUCAAGCUCGGCUUAAGCGAGAAGAAGAAGCACCGGAACAAACCUCCAUGGACGAGACGUACUUCCGGAUCAAUUGUGAGAAGUUCAAUAUCCAUAUCCGCAAUAAUUUGAUAGAGCAUGCUGCUGUUGAACGAUUCAACGAGACCACGGGUCUAGUUUUGCGAGCUGUACUCAAAAGUACAGAAGCUAAACAAAAACAACUCGCAGACACUCGAUCAGAUCCGACCUCCAUCGCUAAUGUUGCCAUGCAAUUACCGGAGGAGGUUGACUUGUCGACCGGACUGAUUUUGCAAUUAUCGAAAAAACCCUCUGCCGCCGCCCUGAUCAAGGAUUAUCUAGGACUACUCGCUUCCGCCGAUAAUCCAACUCCGGCAGGGCGAGCAGCUUCAUUCGUCUCUAUGAAUGGUUCGAAAGUGCAAGUCGAAUUCGACAUAAUUGCACGACGGUUACAGAGGCGCGUGUUAGAAGCCAUCACGAGAGAGCGACAUGGGGACGACGGUGUCAGGAUUGUGAGAUUGUUACUGGACACUGGGAAAAUGGAUGAAAAACAGAUAUCCAAGAUCGGCAUGAUGGCUAACAAGGAUGUUCGCCCCCUUCUCUCCGCAUUGUCCGCAGAUUCCUUGAUUAGCCUUCAAGAGGUACCGAAGAGUGCGGAUAGGAAUCCUACAAGAACAUUCUAUCUCUGGUAUGUCGACCUCCAAAAGGCCCGUUCUGUUCUUCUGGACAACUUGUACAAGACCUUGUAUAACAUCCUGUUCCGGAAGCAAGCCGAAGAAGAAGAGUCCAACGUGAAGGCUGUUCUUGAGAAGCGCCAGCGCAGCGAUGUCAGCCAGGAUGAAGAACGGCUACUGACUAGAAUCGAGCGCGAGACACUUGUGGAUUGGGAGAAACGCAGAGACAAGUUGACCGUACUCGAGAUGCGCAUCGAGGAAGCUGUUUUUAUUAUACAUGAUCUUGGCGCGCUCUCAAACAGUGAUGAGUGA